CCGUCCCUCUCUCCAAAUGCACGGGCAGCGGCGGCGGCUGGCAGCGCUAAACUCCCGUGUUUGUGCUGUAAAAGUGCACCGCUCCGAGCCGAAGCAGCGCAGAUCCCGUGAUUACCGAUGAUCUGCGGCCACCGGCGGGGAACGAGCUGCCGAACAGCCGCCGAGCAGAAACCGCGACCCGGUUCGGCCUCCGGGGUGUGUGCUGAGAAGCCGAACCGCGGCCGUCGAGCGUCAGUUAACGGUAGCUCGCGCGCUCGUGUGUGUGUUUGAGAGUGUGUGAGUGUGUGUUGAGGCGCUGACGCACACACACUCCCUCUCCGGCCUCGGUGGUGUCGGUUCGGGCCUCGGCUCGGUCGGGAUCUCUGUGCUCGGGCAUGUGACGUAGACUGCGGUUCCGGUUCCGGUCCAGGAUCAGGAUGGAGAACCCGCAGAAGCCCCGGGAGCUGACCCGAGCCUUCAACCACUACAACAAACACACCGCCUUCCUGAAGAAGAACCUGAAGGAGACCAUCCUGUUCUUCAGGGAGAUCCGACAGAACCACAGCAACACCUGCGCUGCGGCAGAACCAGGUCAGCUCAGCUGCAUCUCGUUCCCGCGUCAGGAAGAGGAGUAUCUCCAGAAUGUGGUCAGCAGCGCCCCCUACAUCCUCAUCCUGGGCCAGGACUGCAGCGCACGCUACCAGCUGCUCAACUGCCUGCUGGGCGAGAGGCUCCUCCCCCUGGGGCCGGAGGCAGGCGGGGCCUGCGGCGCGGAGGGCGGGGCUUGCAGGAGGCGGAAGCUGUGUUUCACCCACGGCCGCCAGACGCGCCUGAGUCUGGCUCUUCCGGGACAGUACGAGCUGGUGCAUCAGCUGGCGGCCCACUGCGGCCGCUGGGACACCGUACCCCGCCAGGACCUGGAGAUCCAGGAGUGCGAAGAUCCUGCGCAGCGAUUGGCCGAGCUGGAGAUCACUCUCCAUCAUGCACUGCUACAGGAGGUGAAGAUCAUGGUUCUCCCAUGUCGUAAUGUGCAGCCGCUGGAGGAGGCUCUGGAGGACUGUAAGCGCGGGAUCCUUCCCAUCAUCCUCUACGCGGUGAGCAGGGAGAGUCUGAGUGCGCAGCAGCUGGAGGAUCUGCAGACGCUGCGGGAGAGUCUGCCCUUCCCCGUCUGCUUCAUCCGCGUGCCGGAUGGUGGUGGUGGCGGCAGCGGCGGCGCUCUGUUCGCGCAGCUAGCGGCGCUGCAGCUGAUUAGCGCCUCCGCGGGGAACUGCGCCUGUGGGGCUCCAGCAGCUCAGAGCGCCGGCCGCAUGCAAAGUGUGCUGUGUGACAGUCUGGAGCGGCUGCAGCGAGUCCUGGUGCCGUUCGCCCGGCAAGUGCUGCAGAACCAGCAGGUGGAGGCGGCUACGGCCCUUAACACCAUACACUGCCGCUGCCUCGACCUCUUCAUCAUACAGGCGUUCGACAUGCAGAGGGAUCUUCAGAUCACACCGCGGCGUCUGGAGUACACGCGGGAGAAAGAGAGCGAGCUCUUCUGCUCUCUGAUGGCCAUCGCCAACCGCAAGCAGGAGGAGAUGAAGGAGAUGAUCGUGGAGACGCUGAGCAGCAUGAAGGAGCAGCUGCUGGAGGACGCGCAGAACCUGGACUUCACAGAUAUCAUCAUGUCGUCUAACGGUGAGCCGGUGAGCUCUAAGGACAUCAAGGUGUGCAUCAGCCAGAUUCAGGAUCUGAUCGUCAACAGGCUGAAUCAGGCGGUGGCCAAUAAACUGACCAACUCUGUGGAUUACCUGCGGGAGAGCUUCGUGGGAACACUGGAGAGAUGCCUCGGCAGCCUGGAGAAGUCCACACCGGAGUCCUGCGCACACAACGUCACGUCCAACCAUCUCAAACAGAUCCUGAAUGCGGCGUAUCACGUGGAGGUGACGUUCCACUCCGGCUCGUCUGUCACGCGUCUCUUCUGGGAGCAGAUCAAACAGAUCAUCCACCGCAUCUCGUGGGUCAAUCCUCCAUCCAUCACGGCCGAGUGGAAGCGGAAGGUCGCGCAGGACGCCAUCGAGAGCCUGAGCGCCGCCAAACUGGCCAAGAGCAUCUGUUCCCAGUUCAGGACGAGGCUCAACAGCUCACACGAGGCCUUCGCCGCAUCACUACGACAGCUGGAGGAGGGCCACACGGGGCGUCUGGAGCGAACCGAAGAUCUGUGGUUGCGAGUUCGAAAAGAUCACGCGCCGAGACUCGCACGACUGUCACUGGAGAGCCGAUCGCUGAGAGACAUUCUGCUACACGGGAAGCCAAAGCUGGGUCGUGAGCUGGGUCGUGGUCAGUACGGUGUGGUGUAUCUGUGUGACAGCUGGGCUGGACGUCACCCCUGCGCGCUCAAAUCUGUUGUUCCGCCUGAUGAUAAACACUGGAAUGACCUGGCGCUGGAGUUCCACUACACACGGUCUCUGCCGAAACACGAGCGGUUAGUGAAUCUUCACGGGUCGGUCAUCGAUCACUCCUACAGCGGUGGAUCCAGUAUCGCCGUUCUGCUGAUCAUGGAGCGCUUACACAGAGACCUCUAUACGGGACUAAAGGCGGGUCUGUCCCUGAAGGAGCGUCUUCUGAUUGCUCUGGAUGUGGUGGAGGGGAUUCGCUUUCUGCACAGUCAGGGUCUCCUGCACCGCGACAUUAAGCUGAAGAACGUCCUGCUGGACAAGCAGAACCGGGCGAAGAUCACGGAUCUGGGCUUCUGUAAACCCGAGGCCAUGAUGUCUGGCAGUAUCGUGGGGACGCCCAUUCACAUGGCCCCAGAGCUCUUCACAGGAAAGUACGAUAACUCUGUGGAUGUGUAUGCAUUCGGGAUCCUCUUCUGGUAUCUAUGCUCCGGCUCCGUCAAACUCCCAGAAGCCUUUGAGAAGUGCGCCAGUAAAGACCAGCUGUGGACCAACGUCAAGAAAGGCUGUCGUCCGGAGCGUCUCCCGCUCUUCGAUGAGGAGUGUUGGCAGCUGAUGGAGGCAUGCUGGAAUGGAGACCCGUCGCAGCGCCCCCUGCUGGGCAUAGUUCAACCUGGUCUGCAGAGCAUCAUGGAGAGACUGUGUGGAGAGAAGAGCCUGGAGGACUCCAACUGACUCCACACACACACACACACACACACAUAUUUAUACACCCACACAUAUAUAUAAGUAUAUAUUCCUAAAGAGAAAACCUGACUGACGGCCGAUGUUACUCUGCCUGCGAACAAACGUCACACAUUUCCCAACGGACAGCUUUUACAUGUCGAGUUUGUUUCAGAUGAACCGACGCUCCUUUUUAGAUGGUGUUUAAACUGGUUUACAUUUAUCCUCUCCUGACUUUUUCUUUUUUUAAUAAAAUGAUUGGACCAA